GUAUUUGCAGUCUGGCAACCUUCAAUUGAUUUUGUAUUAAAUCUGUGAAAUCAUUGUUUUAGUUCGCGAAUUCUGAGUUACGAGAGAAAAAUAAUAUUUGAAUGUUAAAAAUAUGUCUAAUAACGAUGAAUUGAUCGCACAAUUUAUUGAAAUAAGCGGUGGAGAUGAAAAUGUCGCCAGAUUCUAUUUAGCCAGUUCCAAUUGGUCGCUAGAGGACGCACUUUCUAAUUUCCUUGGUAAUCAAGUUGAUGGAGAGGGUGGUACUGAAGAACAUGAAACCGAACGAAAUUCAGGCGGAGCAAAUGUUGAACCAGCACCUACAAAUUCAACUGGUCGUGUACGUUCCGAAACCGGUGUCGCCGAAAGUUUUACCAAGAAAAGUUCAGAUAAGCCAAAAGUAGCAACACUAAAUGAUAUGACAAAGCGUACUUCUAAUGAAGAAGAGGGGCAAGCCUUUUAUGCUGGUGGCUCCGAACGUUCAGGGCAGCAAGUUUUAGGACCACCGAAACGUAAGAAUUUCCGUGAACAGUUAACUGACAUGUUUCGUAUGGCACAAGAACACAAUACCGGAGAAUCUGCUAGUACUUCAGCUGGCCCAUCAACAUCUGGUGCUGUACAGUGGGGUCAAGGUGUACGUUUGGGCAUGACCGAUACAGACCAUUCCGUCGUAGCCACGCAGCAGGACGAUGCCAAUGCAACGGGAGAGAAGCGACCUAUUGUUGUGUUGAAAUUGUGGAGCCAAGGCUUUUCUAUUGAUGAUGGUGAACUACGUCUAUAUGAUGAUCCCGAAAAUAAAGAGUUCUUAGAAACUGUGAUGCGCGGCGAAAUACCGCAUGAAUUAUUCGAAAUGGGAUGGGUGGUUAAUGUUGAUGUGGAGGAUCACCGUCAUGAGGAUUACAAAAGGAAAACUGUACCACCUAAAUUUAAAGGAUCCGGACACACACUGGGAAGUCCCACACCAAAUGUUGAAGGCGCAGGAGUAGCAGCAGCAACGGUACCAGCUCCCAAUAGUGCAAAACAAACAACAGCUGUUAAUGUCAAAGAGGAUGAAAAUGCUGCUAAAGACAAACUUAAGGUUGAUUCUUCUCAGCCAACAACAACAUUACAGAUACGCUUGGCCGAUGGUUCCCGAUUAACUGCACAGUUCAAUCUUAACCACACAGUUGCUGAUAUACGUCGCUAUAUAAUGAACGCCAGACCACAAUAUGCGGAGGGUAAUUUUCGGUUAGUGUCAUCAUUUCCAACCCGUGAACUAACGGAUGAAGCAGCAACGAUUGAAUUAGCUGGUCUAAAAAAUGCGUCAAUUUUGCAGCGACUGAAUUGAAUUGUAUACAUUUACAUAUAUCCGCUGAAUACAAUUUUUUUCAACUUAUUAAUAACAAAUAACAUUAAUGUAAUAAAAUGCAAUUAAUAUGAAAUACAUA